ACAAGAACCAUGCCUCAUCCUCCGGAUUCCUACCCCGGAUUCCCCACAAUAUCUACAAAAUGGCUGGCGCAGUACGACAACCCAUAGACAUCGCCUCCCUCGAGUCCUACAUCUCGUCCAAUGUCCCGGAAAUCGCGGUCCCAAUCGAAGUAAAGCAGUUCGGAUACGGCCAGAGCAACCCUACGUACCAAUUGACCGACAAGAACGGCAAGAAGUAUGUCAUGCGAAAGAAGCCGCCGGGGACGCUGCUUUCCAAGACAGCGCAUAAAGUCGACCGCGAGUAUCGCAUCAUCCACGCCUUAGAGAAGACCGAUGUCCCCGUACCUAAAGCUUACGCUUUGUGCCAAGAUGAGAAAGUCAUAGGGUCGGAUUUCUACAUCAUGGAAUUCCUCGAUGGUCGCAUCUUUGAGGACCCAUCGAUCCCUGGCGUCACACCCGAGGAGCGCUCGAAGAUGUGGCACUCCGCAGUCACCACUCUGGCCAAGUUUCAUCGCGUUGUUCCCAAAGACGUUGGCCUCGAGAAUUAUGGCAAACCAUCUGGGUUCUACAACCGUCAAAUAACUACUUUCAAUACUAUCUCCAAAUCACAAGCAGAGGCAAAGGACAAGGAGACAGGCAUACCAGUCGGCAAGAUUCCGCAUCAGGACGAUAUGGUAGCUUUCUUCAGCGACCCAAAGACACAGCCCAAGGACAGAAGUAGCUUCGUACACGGUGACUACAAGAUUGACAACGUAGUGUUUCACAAGACCGAGCCUAGAGUCAUUGGUAUCCUCGACUGGGAAAUGUCAACGAUAGGCCAUCCUUUGAGCGACUUGAACAAUCUCUUCGCCCCAUAUCUGUGGGCCGAUAAGAAGAAGUCACUAGGUAGCCGCGCCAACGAGGCAUUCCUACCUGGCAAGACCUCGGGUUUACCCUCAGAGGACCAGCUCGUAGCGUGGUACUCGGAAGUUGCUGGCUGGGACCCCAGAUCGGAUUUGACCUGGGGACAUGCCUUCUCGACGUACAGGUCAGCAAUUAUCAUGCAGGGCAUUGCGGCGCGAUAUGCGCUACGCCAGGCGAGUAGUGCACAGGCUCAUGAGUACGGCUCAUUGAUGAAGCCGUUUGCCGAGGCCGCGUGGGAUCUGGUGCAGGAAUACAAGAGGUCACAUCAGAGAGCAAAGCUGUAGUAUUAUAUAAAUUCGUUCUAACUCU